GAAAAGAAACGAAAGGCGUAUCUGCAGUCUGCUACAUUGCUCCCGGGAACAAAGGCGUAUCUACCUACGCCGCUGCUCCACGCUCCGCGCGCGAGGCACCGUGUAGAGAGACUCCGGGACGGGACGGGAGGGUCAGUGCGGCGACACCGCGCAGCGAGAGGAGGCACUCUUGGCCGAGUUUUCAGAUUUUUCUGAAAUUGUUGUGAAAGAAUAGGGUGUGAUGAUUCAAAAUGAAACGAUCUUCUACGGGUACCUUACCGUCCUCGCGUUCCCAACGCCUUUUGUCGCUUGCGAAGCAAAAAUACGAGGAAACGAAUCUGAACCUUGAAUCAGAUGAAAAUCAGCCGCCACCAGAGAGCCCAUGCCCUGUUCUCCCAGAUGAUCCCGAUUACCUUCAGUUUUCUGAUCAACUUGACAAUGCACACAAUGGACAGGGACGACCCGUAUAUGUAACACCACAUCAACAAUAUCAGAAGCAUAGUUCGGUCCCUGCGGGCAAACCAACCAAGAAAGUUUUGGGAACUUUAAAUGCAGCCGAUUCUGACAAUGGACAGGGACGACCCUUACAUGUAACACCACAUCAACAAUGUCAGAAGAAUAUUUUGGUCGAUCCCGUCAAACCAACCAAGAAAGUUUUGGGAAUUGUAAAUGCAGACGAUUCUGUAGAAUUACGAUCACCACCCAAGAAAAUUAUACAUAUAGAUAAAGGAUUAACAACUACUUCUUCUGUUGAAAACGAAGCACCUGUUACGGCCAAGAGGUCAUUAUUAUAUGACAAAAGUGAGGUCCCCAAAAGUCGUGGCCUUGGACUUACAAUGCUGGCGGGAUAUGAGUCUGAGGACAGCAGGUCGUCACAAGAAUUUCCAGCAGGUGUCCAAGCUCUAGACACACACUCCCUAUCACCAAAAAGCAGUACUUUGGAGGAUUUGGAGGUAACUUCUCCAUGGUUGGAAGCAUUAGAUUGUGAUUUCACUCCUGCUGUGACUAAAGGAGACCUCAAUAACAAUGGUAUUACAACUGAUAACAUUGAAACUUCUGAUGACGAUAAAACUUAUACUGAAUUAAAAUCAGUGUCAAUGUCAACAUUUGAUCAGUAUAGUUGGGACGAUAUCUACCAGGGUGCUGAUGAUGACGCAGUAUUGCCUUUUGAUCCUGUGGUGCAAGACACUGAAGAGGAAGUGGUUUCUAUUGAAAACGAAGUUCCACAAGGACAAACUGUUGCUGUUGACACUGAAGAUGAUAUCGAAGUAACCCCUGCUCUUGUUCAAGAGCCUCCUGCUGCUGCACCACCCACAGUACAUUUCGAAGAGAUUCCAGUUGAUCAAGAGCUUGCUGCUGCUGCACCACCCACUGUGAAUGAUGAGGAUCAUUAUCCAAAACCUGCCCGCAGCCAGAACCCUGAUAAUUGGAAACAGAAUCAAGUUAAAAAAUUAAAGGAAUCGGGGCAAGCACAUGUUAGUCUCAAAGGAAAGGUAAGGGAGAAAAAAACCAUGAAGGAGGGUUGCUCUAUUGACUGUAAGCGGCAUUGUCAAUCCAACUUCACCCAUGAUGAUCGCUUAGCAAUCUUCAAAAAGUUUUAUGCAAUAGAGAAUCACACAACAAAAUGGUAUUUCAUUUCUAAUCAUGUGAAAAGUGAAGAUGUGAAGCGAAGAACUGUGGUUGUUGUUGGACGUGCCAGAAAGAACGUUAGCAAUACCUACUAUUUACCACUUAAUGGUGUUGAUAAACAAGUAUGUAGAAAGUUCUUUUUACAUACUUUGGCUAUCACUGAAAAGUGUGUCCGAACUGCCCGGGAAAAGAAGAAACUACACAUUGGUUCAAUACCUAUAGAUGGCCGUGGCAAGAAAAAGAAGAGAAAAAUUGUAUGCACUGUUAUUAGAGAUGAUGUAAUGAAUCACAUCAAAAAAUAUCAUACAAUUGAAGGUCACUAUACCAGAAAAUCUAGUAAAGCUAGAUACCUACCUGAAUUUUUAAACAGAAGAAUGAUGCACUCUCAAUAUCUCAUGGAAAAACAAGCAGAAGGCAUUACAGAAAAUGUUGCAUCUCUUAGGCAGUACCGUGAUGUUUUCAAAAAAGAAUUUAACUUAAAAUUCUUCAAGCCCAAGAAGGAUCAAUGCUCCAAAUGUCUUUCUUGGAAAAACAAGACUCCUGCAGAGAGGACAGAAGAGGCUUCACAGAAAUAUCACAAACAUAUAUCUGAUAAGAAAAUCAGUCAAGACUUAAAAACAGAAGAUAUUGAAUUUGUGAAGCAAACACCUAAUGAAGCUAUCUGUGUAGCAACAUGUGACCUAGAAAAGGUAUUUUUGUGCCCAAAAGGGGAGAACAGCGAAUUCUAUUACAAAAGUAAACUAAGUUUAUACAAUUUUACAAUUUUUGUCAGUGGUGAGCAAAAGGGCCUUUGCUAUGUCUGGGACCAGACAGAAGCCAGAAGAGGGUCAGCUGAAAUUUCAAGCUGUCUUUGGUCAUUCUUGAAAAUGAAAUCAGAGCAGGGAGUAAAAGAGUUCAGAUUUUACAGUGACAAUUGCUCCGCUCAAAAUAAAAACAGAUUUCUAUUUUCUAUGUACAUCAUGGCCUCCAUUCGUUUAAAUGUAAGGAUUGUACACCGGUAUCUUGAAACUGGACAUACCCACAUGGAAGUGGAUUCAGUCCAUGCAGCUAUCCAAAACUCCCUCAAAAAUAAAGAAAUUUUUGUACCAAACGAAUGGUAUGCUGCCAUCAAACUGGCUAAGAAGACUCAGCCCAAAUAUGAAGUGAUUCAACUUAAGCAAGAAAAAAUACAUAAUUUUGCAAAUCUUGAUUCUUACCAAGCUUGGGAAAAGCUGAAAACUUCUGAAUUCAAGGAAGUUGUAUUUGAUGCUGCUGAACCAGGUUUCAUCUACUACAAGACCCAAUAUGACAAUGAUGCUAAAAAGGUGAAUGUGAUAAAGAGAAAACCGGGGCAUCCAGUCAAUUGGAAGACAAUCCCUCUACAAAGAAUGUAUCAAGACCCUAUACCACUUCGUCCAAUUGAAAUGAAGGAUCUCAAGUCUCUGUGUGAUUCAGGUGCCAUACCAUCACGUUAUCAUAAUUUUUACCAAGAUAUUUUUACCAGGAGUAUGGGACAGAAUGUCCAACCACCUCCGCCACCUGUACUUUCAGAUGUAGAAGAUUCUGAUGAAUCAAACCAUGAAACUUCUGAUUCUGAUGCUAGUGCUGAUAGUGAUAGUGGAGAAUAAAGGCAAGAAUAAUGACUCAAAGGUCAUUUUUAAUUUAAUUUGACUGACUAGUUAAUAAUGUUAAAAAUCAUACCAGUUUCUGUUGUCUAGUUUUUGUUAUGUAACUAAAAGAUGUUUUGUUUGAUAAUAAUUUGACACCAAGUGUGUGUAUUUGUACCUUUUGAAAGUUAAACCAUAAUGUCUAAUUCUGUGAUCUUUGACAGGAUGUGAUACGUUUAAAACCUUAGAAGUGCAGUGUUUUAAUCGUUAUAAGAACUACCCGUACUAGUUUUAUGAUCUCAAACAAGUGCAAUUAUAAUAAUUUUAAGGAUUGACAGUAGAGUUCAUGUGAUCUGUUUGGAUUUAUGAUAAUCCUUUGUGAUUUUGUCGGUAUGUUCCUGUUUACUUAAAAAACAUUUCAAACCUUAGUUUAUACAUGUUUUUAUUUACCUAAGAAAGUCAAUGAACAUGCCAAAGAUAUACUCAUGUACAAGUUUAAUAAAGUUUCAAAUUCUU